CUCCCAGUUCUAUGAGAUAGGUAUAUCUCCAUAUAUAAGGUGCCAUUUUCACAUGGUCACUUUCCUGCCCAUACCUGCACUUUUAAGCAAUCCCCAUUUUGUAACCUCUUUGGAUGUUACCAAAGAGAGCCGUGACCAUGUGCUGCCCUGUGUUCCCCUCCCUGCUGUUCUCGGGAAACGUAGUCUUCCGUGCAAAGGGACAAUUUAGGCUCUGGUUGAUCCCAGCAGCUGAGUUUGUCGUAAGCAUGUUUUAAUUCAAAAUGGAUGAUUUCCGUUUGACCAGUUUUUGAGAUACGCAGGGCUCUUUCCCCCAGUCUUUCUGUUUGAAUGACGAUCACAAUGGGACAGAUUCUGCCCCUCUUACUCACCCUGAACAGUCCCUUACUCCACAACUAGCACCACUGAAAUCUGUGGAACUACGUGUGAAGUAUGGUGUGAUUCGGGUAUAGAUGUGGCGGGAUUGGGCCCAAUAUUACCAUCUGUUUCUAUAGUAUUUGAUUUCUUAAAGCUCUUUGACAUGAAUGAUUUGAGAUUUCCAGACCCUUGAAAGCAGGCAGGCAGGCGUGUGUUUUUAUCUCCCUUUCAUAGGUGGGGAAACUGAGGGACAGAGAGGUAGGACUUGGGACACUAAAGAGGCCUGUGGGUUUAUACACUAUGUACCUGUAUUCUGCUUCCUGUAGGUCUCAGUAAACUGAAUCCAGAACAGAAUCUGAUAUUAUUUUGGACUCAGUUAUUUCCAAUACAAUGUGAGUCAGAAUGAAUUUGCUCCUAAUCCCAGGGAGCGGCAUACAUGCUGAACCGCCGUCCCCUGCCCUGUGCCAGCAUGCUGCGCGGCCCCUACAGCUGGCUAAUGUGUAUGUACUGCCUGGCCAAGUGGCUGCUGUAAGCAUAUCUCACUCCGAGCCUCUCUGCUUCGGUUGCCCUGCCCUUAAGAGGUCAACAGGUUGGUUUUGUUUCUUUUGCAAACCUGUCAGCCCACUUACUCUGACUGGGCUGCUGUCUACACGCCAGCUCAGCCCCAAACAAUUCUGCUACUUACCACAUUUCUAGCACAGGGCUGAGCUGUGCAUUUUCCAUUGUACAAAGAAGAAUAGUACUGACAUCCUGGUGCUGAGGGGGCUGCCAGCUCCUCUGGUUAGUAGGGCAUCAGCAAGUGCAUCCCGGCUCCCAGAGGCAGAGAUGUGUUUCGAGAGCAGGGCAUCCUGUUUGGGUAUCGGCAUCCAAGAAGUUCUGCAGCAGACUGUCUCCUCAGUGCCUUCCAGAUGACAAACGAAACACUAAAUAUAUGGACACACUUUUUGCCUGCCUGGUACUUCCUAUGGAAGUUGUUUGCCUUGGCCUAUUCGCUGGAUAUCUGGAACGAUGUGUAUGCCUGGCCCUUUCUUGCCUACAUGCUCACAUGCUGUAUUUAUCCUUUCACAUCUAGCUGUGCUCACACAUUCAGUACGAUGUCCAUCCAGGCGAGACAUAUUUGUUAUUUCUUUGAUUAUGGUGCCCUUAGUAUGUACAGCUUAGGCUCUGCGAUUGCUUAUUCAACGUAUGUUUUCCCAGAAGAAUGGAUCGAUAGCACUUUCCAUCACUGUUAUGUACCCAUUGCUGUGCUUAACACGGUCAUUAGCACGGGUCUUUCCUGCUACUCCAGGCUUGGUGCUCCAUACCUCCAUUAUAACAGUGAUGUCAUAGAAAGGUUCCCCGAGAUACAGCAGCCCCGGCUCAGUAAAAGUCUUCGCAUGCUGGCUUUUGCAUAUCCGUACCUGUUCGACAGCACGCCUCUCUUCUACAGGCUAUAUCUGUGUACUGGGGAAAGCUGCGUGGAAAGCGUAAUCCCAGUCCACUACAGGCACUGUGUGUUUGCCUUCCUCACUUGUUUCAUUUUUGCUGCCCAUUUGCCUGAGAGACUUGCACCGGGACGCUUUGACUAUAUUGGGCACAGCCACCAGCUUUUCCAUGUAUGUGGGAUCAUUGGCACGCACUUCCAAAUGGAGGCCAUCUUUAUAGACAUGAACGCUCGCCGUGACUGGCUCUUAGCUUCCUCACCUCUUCUCUCUUUCUCUCAAACAGCUGGUUCAAUUGGUAUCUCCAUUAUCAUUAGCCUAACUAUCAUUGGGGCUUUCUCACUGGCUCUCUAUUCAACACCAAAGUCCUCUAGGACAGAAAAACUACAUCGGCAUUAAACUUUAAGUAGAGAUUGGCUUUUAGUUACAUUGCUGCAAAUGAGAAAUACCAAGUAACUUUAGUACUGGAUCAAUGAAGGUGAUGAGAUAUUUUGAUGAAUGUUUUUCUUGGGGAAGAUACUCAAGGGGUUUUCAAGAGUGAACCAUUUUAUAGUGCACUGCUUUUUGUACAUACGACUUUAAAGUUGGAGACAGAUUGUGACAUGGUUUAAAAUCGGGUCAAGUUGAUAUUUUAGCAUGAAAUUAUUUAGAAAAAAAUGAAAACAUUGUAAAAGGGAGAAGUGUCAUAUUUUGCAAGCCAGUAUUUGAGGGCAGAUUUAAUCCAAAUGACGAAACUCACUGUGAUACCAUCUUCUAAGUCAAUGGCCAUUUAUCGGUGUUGAUUUCAGUUGACUGCUUUAGGGAGGAACCAGGAAACUUGAUUAUUUUGAUUAUAACAUGAUGGUACAUUGUGCUUAUGUCAGUUCAUAGGCAUAAGUGUCUAUAUUUUAUAUAUUUAAUAUGUGGGGUAGCAUCUCGAUCCAGGACAGGCUCCAGGGUUUUUGCCGCCCCAAGCGGUGGGGGAAAAAAAAAAAAAAGCCGCGAUCGCAAUUGCGAUCUGCGGCACUCCGGCGGCAGCUCCACUGCGCUGCUUUCUUCUUCGGCGGGAAUU